UGGGGCGUUCAGGCUCCGCCUCCCUCUGGUCACCUGGUUAUAUCCCCGGCACUAGUGCGAGAGCGAGCGAGUGAGGCCAUGGAAGGCGAGGCUAUACCGCGCGCGCGCCGGGGCAACCCUGCGCUCCUGCUGCGUCUGGCUACCUCUCGGGGCCUCCCAGGGCCUCCUCGGCUACAGCUGCUGCUGCUGCCGCCGCUGCUGCUGCUGCUCCUCUGCGGCCCGGUCUGGGGUGAACUGCGCGCCCCGCCGGAAAAGAUUGCUAUUAUUGGAGCAGGAAUUGGUGGCACAUCGGCGUCCUACUACCUUCGGCAGAAAUUUGGGAAAGAUGUGAUGAUUGAUGUGUUUGAGAGAGGAAAGGUUGGAGGCCGACUGGCAACUCUAAAGGUAGAGGGGCAUGAGUAUGAAUCUGGGGGUUCUGUCAUACAUCCCCUAAAUCUGCAUAUGAAGCGCUUUGUCAAGGAAUUGGAUCUCUCUGCUGUUCAGGGUACUGGUGGCCUCUUGGGUAUUUAUAAUGGAGAGACUCUUGUGUUUGAAGAAAGCAACUGGUUCGUCAUUAACAUGCUUAAGCUUCUCUGGCACUAUGGAUUUCAGUUCCUCCGGAUGCAUAUGUGGGUAGAAGAUAUCUUAGACAAAUUUAUGAGGAUUUACCGCUAUCAGUCCCAUGACUACUGUUUUAGUAGUGUUGAAGGCUUGCUGCAUGCCUUGGGAGGGAACGAAUUCUCUGGAAUGCUCAACCGGACCAUUCUUGAGGCUCUGCAGAAAGCUGGAUUCUCAGAGAAAUUCCUUAAUGAAAUUAUUACUGCUGCCAUGAGGGUCAAUUAUGGCCAGAGCACAGGCGUCAAUAGUUUUGUAGGUGCAGUAUCCUUGGCAUGUGCAGAUUCUGGGCAGUGGGCUGUAGAAGGUGGAAAUAAACGUGUUUGUGAAGGGCUCCUUCAGUCUUCCAAAGCUCGGUUAAUCCCUGGCUCAGUUAUUCAGAUAGAGGAGAAAGCAAGGACCAAACAGAUAGGAGGAUCUAUGAAAAAUUAUGAAGUUACCUAUAAAACAGAGUCAGGAAUAAACAAAGACCUCUACGACAUUGUCAUCGUGGCUGCUCCCCUUAACCGCAAAAUGUCCAAUAUCACUUUCCUAAAGUUUGAUCCACCCAUCCCAGAAUUUCAUCAGUACUACCAGCACUUGGUGACUACUUUCGUUCAUGGGCGACUGAAUGCAUCUUACUUUGGCUACAAGGCAACUGAUAGCAUGUAUCUUACUGAUAUCUUAACUACCAAUAACCCAAAUUUGUUUAUUAACAGCAUCUCAGUGGUGUCUCCUGUAAAAGAAGACGCCAGUCUUCAAUCUAAGCCAGUGACUGAUUUCGCUGUUUGGAAAAUCUUUUCCCAAGAAUUUCUUUCCAAGGAGCAACUUAAUUUGCUAUUUGUAUCUCACGAUUCUGUACAGGAAAAGGAGUGGUUUGCAUACCCUUACUAUGAGCCUCCAGAGAAGUGCCCUCCCAUCAUACUCCAUGAUCACAUGUACUAUCUCAAUAGCAUAGAGUGGGCAGCAAGUGCUAUGGAAAUGAGUGCCAUCUCAGCCCAUAAUGCAGCACUUCUUGCCUAUCACCGUUGGAAUGGGAACACAGAGAUGAUUGACCAAGAAGGACUGUAUGAGAAACUCAAAACAGAACUUUGAAGUGUCACCAUCACCCUUUUCUUCCUCCUUCCCAAACUCCCAAAUGAUCCCAAGACGAUAAGAAGGGUUGAGUCCCUGUGAGCCAGGGUUGUUGGUAUAGGAUUAGACAUAGUUGAUUUUGUCAUUAUCCUUACUUGAACACUUACUUGAGUAAUUGGUGGUGGGUUUGAAGGAGACAGAGGGUUCAGCCAAGGAUGAAUAAAUAAUCAUUGCCCUUAAUUCUGUCUUUAAAACUACUAUGUAAAUCUUGAGGAUGUUUUUCAGACUAGGCUGAAGUAAGGAGUAUGAUAUUCCAAUUGUGAUUAGUUGUCAAUUAAUUUGGAAUUUUUCCAACUUUGAAGAAGUCUUUGCUGGUUUUAUGGAAGUUGUUGUAAAGGAGUUAGAGACAAAGAGUUUUAAUUGUGUGAUCUUGGACAUGAAGCCCUUUGAAUUUCAUUUUCCUUAUCUGGGAAAUAUGGGAACUGGAUGGGAUAAGAUGAUAUCUAAGGUCUUUCCUUUCUAGCUCUGAAUCUUAUAACCUCGUAUCUGAAAGAUAUCAAUAAUGGGAUAAACUAAUUUCCUUUUCCAAUUCUAUGUCUAUCCCUCUUCAUUGUAAAUGUGUCAUUGCCAAAUACCCUUUGAAGGCCAAAUUCUCAAUUCUGUCGCUCCUUUGUGCUUUUUCUUUUAAAGGAUAUGGCUCAGGUACUUUUAAAUAUUUUAUCAUUUAAGAUACCAAGGCACAAAUCACUAGAGUUCAAUCUUGAAGGAAAACCAAAAGCAAAUGGGGAUUUUUGUUAUUUGGGGAAUCAGGAAACCUUUCUAUUCUCAAAUCCACCUCUAAAGUUUGACUUAACAACUAUUUCCCUGUAGUGUUAUUAUUCAGUAACUAUUCCUUUAAAGGUACUCCAGAAGUGUUGGCUUUUGAACUGUUGGUUUUGCCUUUUUAUUUUUUAAGUAGGUAGCUAAAUGGGCAUUUUAAAAAGGUCUGCCCCAAAGGAUACUGUUGGAAAAUCUAAUUUCCUAUAGCUAAUGCAAUGGAAACAGCCUUUCAUGUCAGAAUCAGAGUGGAUUGCAGCAUGACAUAGCAGAUAGAAUGCUGGACUUGAAAUAACCUACAUUUGAACGUUGUCUCAGAUACUUAUUAGCUGUGUCAACCCCAUGGAAGCUAUGUAAAAUCUCUAGGCCUCAGUUUUAGAGAUGGUGGGGUUAGACUCCAUACCUCAAAAUCCCUUCAGCUCUUUAAUUUAUAAUGAAGACGUGUUCUUAUGUAGCUCUGGGAUAACCCAGCGGGGUUGCCACAGCCUUCAGAGCUCUGACCACUGUGGGCAAAUAGAUCAAAAUUAGCUAAUGUAUGACAAAAUAUGCAGAGGACAGUGUGCACCUGGGAGAGGGGAGAAGGGGAGAGAGCACAAAUAGCUUAAGUAUUCAUGUAAAAUGCUGUUAUAAUCAACUUCAAAAAUAGUAAAGAAACAAAUGAAAAAAAUACAUAUCAAGAUUCACGUGAAAGAUAUUCCACACUCUCUCCAGCUUCUCUUUAACUUUAGGGCUUUGGGGAUGGGAUAGAGAACAUUGGGAUACUUGAUGUAAUGAAGUUUAAGAGAAGUGCCACUCAACUUCCAGAGAGAGAAAUCCUAAAACUCAACUAGAGCAAAUCCCCACUUUACCUCCCUUCUGAGUGGAAGAUCAAGUGCUUAUUUAGUUAUCUGAAUGAUAUCUAGCAAAAACCUAGUGUGUGUAUAAAAAAGCAAAUCCAGAUCACUUCUUUAUGACAUUAUGGAAUUUUUAUCAGCAAAUCACUGAGUCCUCCAAAGGGUUACAGAAAUCAAUCCUCCCCACAGAAGUCAGUUGUCUUAAUAAAAUUUUGCCUUUCACGGAUAUGUAUUCUGAGCAGUAAUUAGUGGCUACCAAUAUUUAAUACUUUUUGCAAGCCCUAGGGAUAGGUUGAUAUCCUUUCAUGGCAAAAAUUGAGCUUAUGUGGAAUGUGGCAUUAAAGGGUGCUGUAUCUGCUUUUAUAAUUCAUAGGCUGGUUUUAAGAAACUAGUUUCUCCUUUUGUGGGUUGUUCCAGAUGAUGGAUCUAGAGCAUGCCACACCAUGUGUAUAUGGUGGAGAUGAACACUGUAAUGUAACAAGAUUUGAUUAAGAUCAUGUUUAUCAUUUACACUGCUAUUAACUCCUUUUUCUUUGAGUCAGGAAACCAAAUGUAAACUUGUAUAUUCAGGUCAAGUAGUAUUUGCUCUUACUAUUAAUAGUUAUGCCAGGGAAGCCAGGUAUGCAGUAGGUAGUUCUAGCUCAUGUUUUUAGAGGGCUUUAUGAAAAGGUUUAUGGAUUGAUAGCAAAAUAAUGAUUCUGGAUUAACAGGUUUGUGGGGGGGAUGUUUUUUAAUGCUAUCUUUUACUCUGGAUUAUGAUGGGGGUGGAGGUGGGAAGAGGUCAUUUGUGGGGAAACUGUCACCACAGAUAUUUUAUUCUAUUUGACUAUCACGCUUUUUACUACACUGUUAAAAAGACAUAAAUCUAGGCUGUUUUUUCCCCCCCCAUAAUUCUAACUCAGGGGCCUAAAUAUCACAACUGAUAUAUGAAUCCUAGGCUGAGCUUUUAGAGGAAAAAAUACUGUUUGCUGCCUCCUCCCCCCAAUCUACCCCAAAACUCAUCUCUAUAAAUGAUUUCCUGUAGAGUUCUCUUUUCAACUAAUUAAAGCCUAGCUAAGGAUCCCCCUUUAUUUUUUUUCUUGCUCACAGUGAACUGAAAAUAAACAAAUAUGCCACUC